AUGGAGUCGGAGCAGCUCUUCAACAGGAAGGGCUACUACAGGAACAGCUACAACAGCAUUGCCAGCGCCAGCAGCGACGAGGAGCUGCUGGAUGGCACCGGGGUCGUCAUGGACUUCCACACCUCCGAGGACGACAACCUUCUGGACGGAGACGCCACCUCCCCAGGUAGGCUCACUGCUAAUCGCUGCCGACUACGCCUUCAGACACCCACUAUCACCCUCCAUGGCGCUGGGCUGUUGACCCCAGGGGAGAAAGGCUCUGGCUGGGUUAUUUUGGUCAGAUGAAGAGGGUCUGUUCCAUGCCAGAAGCUGUGGGACUAUCCAUGGAUGGAUGUUGUGAGCUGUGUUGUUGUGAGCUUCCUAUCCUGGCCGCCUUGCCAAAUUUGCUGCAUUGCUGAUCCACCCACUCAAUGCUGCCUCGCCCACUUGGUCCCCUUGCUACCCUGUGAUUUGCAGUGUUACCCCUGCUGUUGUGAGCCCUACUGUUGAUGCUCCCUGCUUCUUUCUGCCCCCGACACGUGGCCAUCAACCCUCCAUCUAUCCAUGACACCCCAAACCACACCCUCCAUCAAAUGUCUCCUGCCUGCCACCUCUUGACUUCAGUUUCACUCCCAUUCAUACCUGUCACCUCUAUCCAUAAAUCCAUAACCGUGAUUGGUUGGAUUACCCUCCCGGCCGGCUGCCGCCAUCUUGUUUUUGUGUUUGUUUUGUGCUUGCAGCCUUGUUCAUACUAGCCCGGUCCCAAAUCAACCAACAUGUUUUUGUAUGACAAAAGCCAUAGGAGCUGGCAAAUACAGCACAAAGAAACAGAUCUGGGACCAGACUAUGUCCAUUCCUGUAACCUUGUUUUAUUUUCUUACUUUCCCUGCCAUCGCCAUCCAUGUACCACAUUCACUUCUCCAUUCAUGAUGCUUGUUCCUGUUUACUUUGUGGUCGUGACUUGUGGUUUUACACCAUGCAGCUUUUGUGGUUGUGCUGCUUUUGACCUUUGCUACUUUUCUAGGUGUGGCUUGUACCAUGCGGCUUUGUGAUUGGACACUUGAACUGUACACUUCUUGCUUUGUGGGUGUGGAUUUGAUUAUUUAGUGCUUUUUUUAGUUGUGGAUUGUACUAUGCAGCUGUGUGAUUGAACCCGUUCUUUGUAGGUGUGGCUGAUGGUAUUCCACUCAUCACUAUGAUGUAGACAUAAAGGCAUCCUUCACAUUGUUCCUGUACCAACCGAUGCUCCAUAUCUGUCAGUCCUGUACCAAAUCACCUGCUCCUUACACACCCCUCCUGCUUCCCUGGCCCAGUGUACGCUUCUCCGUCAUAGCAGGUGUCCCGUGUCUACUAUUGCCACAUCCUGCUUGUUUCCUGUUGCUGCCUGCUGGCCUGAUGCUUGUCCUGCUGAUUCAUGUCUUGUUACCAAAGUUACGCUGGCUUCUGCAGGCUCCUCUAACUUGGCCUGCUUGUAGCUGAUCAAAAGAGAAAGAAGUCCCUCCUAUAACUGAUAUGAUGUUCAAUAUGGCUAGUCACUGUUGGCUGCAGUGACUGUGAAUAGUAAUUAGGGAAGCUUGCAGGAUCUGAAGGUCUUUGAAAUGCUCCUUAGUCGAAAGCUACUUAAUACAUUUAUUUGUGUGCGUGUGGCAGAAGCUCGCUCAUGCUGAGGUAGCACUUCUUGGCUUACUCUCUUUGAUGACAAUUUUAAGUGAGUUUGAACUUUUGGAUGUGUGUUUGUGUACGUGCAUUUCUGAGAGAAGAUUUACAAACGGAUUACCGGUAUUAAAGUAAAUUUAUCAAACCAUGGAUGUAAGUAAAGCCCAAGAAAAGCCAAAUAAGGAGAGCCUUUUGUCUGAUUGAGUCUGAUGAGACGUAAUAAUAUUCUAAAGUAGUUGUUCUUUUUCAUUACCAGAGCUUACUUUAAGUUGCGUUUAAGGGCACGAAGAGAGUGCUUGACAUGUAUACUCUCUGCUGCACAAUCCUCUCCUUAUCCUCCUUGUCUCUGCAGUGUUGUAUACAAGCACAGAGCUCCUCGUGUGUGUGUGUGUGUGCACACCCAUGUGAAUGCAGUACUAUGAGUUGCUGAUUUAAAGGGGAAAUUGUCUCCUAUUAAGCUCAUCUACUUUAAUAAUUUUUUCAUUGGCUAGAUUAGCAAACUUAGGCAUGACAUGCCAGCAACAAACGCUGACACGACACAUCCAAGUAUAGCUGAUCAAAUUAUGAAAGACCAGCAUUGUAACUUUGAAUUCCGUAAAGUGCUUGUGGAAGAAGUGAAAAUAUUAUUGUUGUCUAUCAACAAUGACAAGCCACCGGGGUCUGACAACUUGGAUGGAAAAUUACUGAGGAUAAUAGCGGACGAUAUUGCCACUCCUAUUUGCCAUAUCUUCAAUCUAAGCCUACUAGAAAGUGUGUGCCCUCAGGCCUGAAGGGAAGCAAAAGUAAUUCCGCUACCCAAGAAUAGUAAAGCCCCCUUUACUGGCUCAAAUAGCCGACCAAUCAGCUUGUUACCAACCCGUAGUAAACUUUUGGAAAAAAUUGUGUUUGACCAGAUACAAUGCUAUUUUACUGUAAACAAAUUGACAACAGACUUUCAGCACGCUUAUAGGGAAGGACAUUCAACAAGCACGGCACUUAUACAAAUGGCUGAUGAUUGGCUGAGAGAAAUUGAUGAAAAAAAGAUUGUGGGAGCUGUUUUGUUAGACUUCAGUACGGCUUUUGACAUUAUCGAUCAUAGUCUGCUGAUGGAAAAAAGUAUGUGGUAUGGCUUUACACCCCCUGCUAUAUUGUGGAUAAAGAGUUACCUGUCUAACAGAACACAGUGGGUGUUCUUUAAUGGAAGCCUCUCCACCAUAAUCCAGGUAGAAUCAGGAAUUCCCCAAGGCAGCUGUCUAGGCCCCUUAGUUAUUUCAAUAUUUACUAAUGACAUGCCACUGGCUUUGAGUAAAGCCGGAGUGUCUAUGUAUGCGAAUGACUCAACACUAUACACGUCAGCUAUUACAGCGAGUUAAAUCACUGCAACACUUAACAAAGAGCUACAGUUAGUUUCAGAAUGGGUGGCAAGGAAUAAGAUAGUCCUAAAUAUUUCCAAAACUAAAAGCAUUGUAUUUGGGAUUAAUCAUUCACUAAACCCUUAACCUUAUAAUAAAUAAUGUGGAAAUUGAGCAAGUUGAGUUGACUAAACUGCUUGGAGCAACCCUGGAUUGUAAACUGUCAUGGUCAAAACAUGUUGAUACAACAGUAGCUAAGAUGGGGAGAAGUCUGUCCAUAAUAAAGCGCUACUCUGCCUUUUUAACAACACUAUCAACAAGGCAGGUCCUACAGGCUCUGUUCAGUCGUGUGGUCAGGUGCCACAAAGAGGGACCUCGGAAAAUUACAAUUGGCUCAGAACAGGGCAGCAUGGCGGCCCUUAAAUGUACACAGAGAGCUAACAUUAAUAAUAUGCAUGUAAAUCUCUCAUAGCUCAAAGUGGAGGAGAGAUUGACUUCAUCACUACUUGUUUUUGUAAGAAGUGUUGACAUGCUGAAUGCACCGAGGUGUCUGUUUUAAACUACUAGCACACAGCUUGGACACCCAUGCAUACUCCACAAGACAUGCCACCAAAGGUCUCUUCACAAUCCCCAAAUCAAGAACAGACUAUGGGAGGCUUGCAGUACUACAUAGAGCCAUGGCUACAUGGAACUCUAUUCCACAUCAGGUAACUAAUGCAAGCAGUAGAAUCAGAUUUAAAAAACAGAUAAAAAUACACACAAAAAAUGUAUGCACGCAUGACUGUAAGUCGCUUUGGAUAAAAGCGUCUGCUAAAUGGCAUAUUAUAUUAUUAUUACACCUUAUGGAACAGCGGGGACUGUGAAGAGACACACACACAGGCACAGACACACAUACACAUAAGACAUGCACUCUACACACACGUACACAUGGAUUUUGUGGUGUAGAUAUGUGAUAGUAGAGUAGUGGCCUGAGGGAACACACUUAUGUAAUAUUUUAAAUUGUAUAUAACUGCCUUAAUGUUGCUGGACCCCAGGAAGAGUAGCUGCUGCUUUUGCAGCAGCUAAUGGGGAUCCUUAAUAAAUACAAAUACAAAUACACCUUGGGCUAAACUUCAGAAGUCAAUAAAGAUGUGUAACCAUAGAGUGGACAGGCACUAACAUUACUGCCAAUACUGUAGUAACACGCUAUUAUAGUAUAUUAUUAAUAAUGGGACAAUAAAAACGUCUUGAGUACAGAAGCCAAGACGGCCCCCUUCAGGGCAUGGUCCCAUGACUAGCCUUCUUUACCACCAUGUGAAUAUCGGUAUGUAGCCUAGCCCCUGUAGUCUGCCUGAGCGCCAGUCUGUUUCUGCUUAUUUAAUUAGCUGACUUGUUGUCGUAUUUCCAAGCAAGGCAAUGAACGGAUGUAGCUGUUGAGUGCAGAAACGGCUGGGAAACCAGGUGAGUGAAUGUAAAUACUUUGUCAUGUAGGCCUAGUGUAAAAGGCUCAUAAUGUCUUCAUGCUGCAUUGAUUCAGCCUCAGGGCAUGUUUAGACUACAUUAGUUAUUGCCAGGAGUCCUCACACCAAGCAAUAUGUAUCUAGGAAUGUUAAGGUUGAAAUUGUGCUCUUACCUGUCAUAACUUGACUUGGGCCAUGUGAAUAUGUUGUUUAGUGUAACUGCUGUGUGUCCUACACUUAAGGAGACCAGACCAGACAGAGGCAGAGCAGACCCGUCAUAUUAAUAAUGAAUGACCCAGUGAAGACUGGCUGUAUAGUCGCGCUCCAGUGAGGGUGACCAUGCUUUGUUCAGUAGGACACACAGAGAAAGCAGGCCAAGGCGGGCCAUUGUGUGCGUGUGUGUGCAUUUUGGCUGGUAUUGGGUUACUUACAAGGUCACUCUCAGUAAUCUCUGCUCAUUCAGUGGCCUCUAGGGUUGGGCGGUAUCCAGAUUUUCAUAUCGUCAUACUGGCCUUCUCUCAUCCCGGGAUUUACGGUAUUACUGGUAUUACCGUUUUUUGCGCUAAAAUCGCAAGAAAAAGCCCAUUAGGUGUCUAUUACCAAAAUGCUAACAAAAUUAGCACAAGGACUAGCACAUACAUUUUUAUAGAGGCUGCUAGCUAAAUAUGCUAACGAGCACAAAGAAAAAUAAACUAAUUGCAAAGACAGGCAAACCUACACAAAAAGUUAUACAUAGAGUGCCUUCAGAAAGUAUUCACACCCCAUGACUUUUUGUUGUGUUACAGCCUUAAUUUAAAAUGUAUUAAAUUUAGAUUUUUUUUUGUCACUGACCUACACACCUAUCAAAGUGUAAUUAUGUUUUUGAAUUUUUACAAAUUAAUUAAAAAUGAAAAGCUGAAAUGUCUUAAGUCAAGUAUUCAAUCCCUUUGUUAUGGCAAGCCUAAAUACGUUCAGGAGUAAAAAUGUGCUUAACAAGUCACAUAAUAAGUUGCAUGGACUGUUUAACAUGAUUUUUGAACGACUACCUCAUCUCUGUACCCCACACAUAUAAUUAUCUGUAAUGUCCCACAGUCGAGCAGUGAAUUUCAAACACAGAUUCAACCACAAAGACCAGGGAGGUUUUCCAAUGCCUCGCAAAGAAGGGCACCUAUUGGUAGAUGGGUAAAAGAAACAAACAAAAAAAGACAAACACUUUGGAUGGUGUAUCAAGACACCCAGUCACUACAAAGAAACAGGCGUCCUUCCUAACUCAGUUGCCAGAAAAUAAGUAAACCGCUCAGGGAUUUCACCAUAAGGCCAAUGGUGACAUUAAAACAGUUACAGAGUUUAAUGGCUGUGAUAGGAGAAACUGAGGAUGGAUCAACAACAUUGUAGUUACUCCACAAUACUAACCUAAUUGACAUAGUGAAAAGAAGGAAGCCUGUACAGAAUAAAAUAUUCUAAAACAUGCAUCAUGUUUACAAUAAGGUAUUAAAGUAAAACUGCAAAAAUGUGGUGAAGAAAUUAACUUUAUGUCCUGAAUACAAACCGUUAUGUUUGGGGCAAAUCCAACAUAACACAUCACUGAGUACCACUCUUCAUAUUUUCAAGCAUGGUGGUGGCUGCAUCAUGUUAUGGGUAUGCUUGUCAUCGGCAAGAACUAGGGAGUUUUUUUUAUGAUAAAAAUAAACGUAAUGAAGCCAAGCACAGGCAAAAUCCUAGAGGAAAACCUGGUUCAGUCUCCUUUCCAACAGACACUGGGAGACAAAUUCACCUUUCAGCAGGACAAUAACCUAAAACACAAGGCCAAAUACACACUGGAGUUGCUUACCAAGACGACAUUGAAUGCUCCUGAGUGGCCUAGUUACAGUUUUUACUUAAACCGUCUUGAAAAUCUAUGGCCAGACAUGAAAAUGGCUGUCUAAAAAUGAUGAAUAACCAACUUCACAGAGCUUGAAGAAUUAAAAACAUUAUAAUGUGCAAAUAUUGUACAAUCCAGGUGUGCAAAGCUAUUAGAGCAGGGGUGUCAAACUCAUUCCAUGGAGGGCCUAGUGUCUGCAGGUUUUUGGUUUUCCUUUCAAUUAAGCCCUAGACAACAAGGUGUGGAGUUCCUUACUACACUGAACAAAAUAUAAAUGCAACAAUUUCAAUUUACUGAGUUACAGUUCAUAAAAGGAAAUCAGUCAAUUUAAAUAAAUAAAUUAGGCCCUGAUCUAUGGGUUUCACAUGACUGGGAAUACAGAUAUGCAUCUGUUGGUCACAUAUACCUUUAAAACAAAAGGUAGGGGCGUGGAUCAGAAGACCAGUCAGUAUAUGGUGUGACCAUCAUUUGCCUCAUGCAGCGCGACACAGUUCCUUCGCAUAGAGUUGAUCAGGCUGUUGAUUGUGGCCUGUGGAAUGUUGUCCCACUCCUCUUCAAUGGCUGUGUGAAGUUGCUGGAUAUUGGCGGGAACUGGAACGCGCUGUCGUACACGUCGAUCCAGAGCAUCCCAAACAUGCUCAAUGGGGUGACAUGUCUGGUGAGUAUGCAGGCCAUGGAAGAACUGGAACAUUUUCAGCUUCCAGGAAUUGUGUACAGAUCCUUGCGACAUGGGUCCUUGCAUUAUCAUGCUGAAACAUGAGGUGAUGGUGGUGGAUAAAUGGCAUGACAAUGUGCCUCAGGAUCUCAUCACGGUAUCUCUGUGCAUUCAAAUUGCCAUCAAUAAAAUACUAUUGUGUUCGUUGUCCGUAGCUUAUGCCUGCCCAUACCAUAACCCCACCGCCACCAUGGGGCACUCUGUUCACAACGUUGACAUCAGCAAACCGUUUACCCACACAAUGCCAUACACACUGUCUGCCAUCUGCCAGGUACCGUUGAAACCGUGAUUCAUCCGUGAAGAGCACACUUCUCCAGCGUGCCAGUGGCCAUCGAAAAAGCAUUUGCCCACUGAAAACUGUUACGACGCCAAACUGCAGUCAGGUCAAGACCCUGGUGAGGAUGACGAGCACACUGACGAGCUUCCCUGAGACGGUUUCUGACAGUUUGUGCAGAAAUUAUUCGGUUGUGCAAACCCACAGUUUCAUCAGCUGUCUGGGUGGCUGGUCUCAGAUGAUCCCGCAGGUGAAGAAGCCGGAUGUGGAGGUCCUGGGCUGGUGUGGUUACACAUGGUCUGCGGUUGUGAGGCCGGUUGGACAUACUGCCAAAUUCUCUAAAACAACGUUGAUAGAGAAAUUAACAUUCAAAUUCUCUGGCAACAGCUCUGGUGGACAUUCCUGCAGUCAGCAUGCCAAUUGCACGCUCCCUCAAAACUUGAGACAUCUGUGGCAUUGUGUUGUGUGACAAAACUGUACAUUUUAGAGUGGCAUUUUGUCCUCAGCACAAGGUGCACCUGUGUAAGGAUAAUGCUGUUUAAUCAGCUUCUUGAUAUGCCACACCUGUCAGGUAGAUGGAUUGUCUUGGCAAAAGAGAAAUGCUCACUUAACAGAGAUGUAAACAAAUUUGUGCACAACAUUUUAGAGAAAUAAGCUUUUUGUGCAUAUGGAACAUUUCUGGUAUCUUUUAUUUCAGCUCAUGAUACAUGGGACCAACAAUUUACAUGUUGCGUUUUAUAUUUUUGUUCAGUAUAAUUAGUGACCUUAAUUCAUCAAUCAAGUACAAGGGAGGAGCGAAAACCCGCAGACACUCAGCCCUCCAUGGAAUGAGUUUGAGACCUGUGGACCUGUGUAUUAGAGACUUAACCAGAAAGACUCACAGCUGUUAUCGCUGCCAAAGGUGAUUCUAACAUGUAUUGACUCAGGGGUGUGAAUAAUUACACGGUAUGUAAAUGACAUAUUUCUGUAUUUCAUUUUCAAUAAAUUAGCAAACAUUUCUAAAAACAUGUUUUCACUUUGUCAUUAUGGGGUAUUUUGUGUAGAUGGGUGAGAAAAAAAAUCAAUUGAAUCCAUUUUCGAAUUCAGGCUGUAACACAACAAAAUGUUGAAUAAGUCAUGGGGUAUCAGGCUGGUCCUUGCCUUUCUGCCGCCCUAGGCAAGCCCAAAAAACGGCACCCACAGUAUAGUCCCAGUAAGCAAAAUGACGUUGAAAAGACGUCUAAAAUACUUAUUUUUCAGACAUUUAAGUUAGGUUCAAUUUAGGUUCUGAAUGAAAGGUGAAAAUAUCUAUUUUCUGGACGUUUAAAAUAAAUAUUUUCCAGGACGUUGAAAAUGCGUGAAAGACGUUGAAAAAUACGUAUUUUACAGACGUUGAAAUCAGAUUCAUUUUCGGUAAUGAAUUACAGUUGAAAAUACGUAAUUUAUAGAGGUCUAUAUUUGGCUGGUCUAGACCUGACCAAAUCUGAACCAAACAUAGACGUCUAUGAUAGGUUCAGAUUUGGACCGGACCAAAAAUCUAUGUCGGUGGACGUUGAAAUCAAGGCAGGUCUGGACUGCUCCAAAUCUGAAGCAAACAUAGACGACUAUGAUUGGUUCAGAUUUGGUCCGGACCAGACCAAAAACCAAUGUCCAUGGAUGUGGAAUUCAAGGCCGGUCUGGACUGCACCAAAAAAGGAUGUCCAAAAGGCGUCAGCGUCGGUCCCUGCUUCCUGAGGUAUAGCCUACAGUGUUCCCUGAAAUUGUAUUUUAUGAAUGCCCACCUAUGUGGUAAGGCUACCAUUUGUAAAACACCAAAUAAAGACAUCCGGAAACGUCUUAUGCUUACUGGGGUGUAGCCUACCAUGUCAGCCAGCAAUGGAAUUUUAUGAAUGCCCAUCAUUUGUAAAACAGGCUGUUGCAUUGGCUUUGUGACUAAUCAGUUUGGCUAUUUAAGUGCUGAAUAUCAGCUACCCAACUUUUUAGGAGUUAUCGUUAGCUUAUUUGCAUUGUGUUUACACAGCAGGAAAUGCAGAAGUAUUUUAUUUUUUCGCUAUGAUCAGCUUGUCAAAAAUGAACGGAUACAAGCUUGAAACCACUGAUCAUGACAAUGGGGUGAAACUCCUGGACAACAGUUGUGGUAGUCCAUUCCAUAUUGUCCAUUUUACUUUGACCUGACCUGUUUUUAGGAUAUGUUGUUUGUUAACGUGGACGCACAUUUAUUAUUUGAUUGGGCGCCAUUUAGGUUAGGCUAUUUGAUCGGAGAAACCUGCGUUAUGUAAAAAUUGUCCGUCUCAAUACAUUGUCAUACAUUUUAUCUCCAGCCUGUAGGCUACAGUAAAGGCCACAUACUCUUCUACCAUAUCCUGUAUUUGCUACAUGAUUUGUUUUAGAUAUUUUUUGGACGAAAUGUUGGUGGAGCGCUGCAGCGAUGCGUCUCUCCAACAGCACACUGGAGAGGCGCGCUGGGAAUGGACAAGCAAAAUAUUUUGCGCCCCUGCCUUUGACAAAGUGGGCACUGCUUAUCACAGGGCGGCAUCAGCGCUCACCUAAAAAGCCCAUAUACCAUUGGUUGAGAGAAAUGGUCAUUGUUUUUAGGCAGAAUUAUGUGAGGUUUUAUAUGUUGUUGGAGGUAUGUCUUGGACAGUUUAGCUCAGAAAAUGGCGCCCUCUUCAAUCUGCAGCCAUAGGCGGCCGCCUAACGGCCGGUGUACACUAGCACGCGGUAAAUUGCUUCCGCUGCCCAGAGUGGCUCGCUUGUGGGCCAGUGGGCGUGCUGGCAGCAUAUGGCAGCAGUUCGGUUGUACAUCAAGAAUUCAGCACAGCAAUUUUGUAUAAGGUCUGGUUAUUAAAUGGGUAAAUAGUUUAAUCCAUUCUCCACUUCAUGAAUUUAUUCACAGGUAAAUAGUAAUAUGCUCUAAACCGCUCGGGUGACAAACUUUGCUGUCCUGUUUCCAAUCGUCCACAUGGCUGGGAGAACCUAUUGAAGUAAGUAAAUACGUUUUGAAAAUGUACAAAACAUAUAAAUUAUUAGCUAACUAGCUACAGUGGAGGCUAACUCAAAUGAGCUGCUAACGUAGCUAGCUAGCUAUCUAGCCAACUUUACAGACUGUAUAGCUAGUUAGCUAAGUUAAUUAAAUAUCACCAGCUACCUAACUUAAUAUUAGCUAGCUAUCGUGAUCUAUUUAUCAUUGUAAAAAACAAACUCCAAAAGCAUUUGUAGGUAGCUAGCUAACAGCCAUGGAAGAGGGUGAAAGGAUAGCAGCUCCAACUGUCAAAGGGAGAGAGUAGGCUAUUCUGAAUAGGGCAGGUACUUUUGUGUAGUUCCAGUCCUUAGAAAGAAGUGAGGACAGAGAUAAUAGUAACAUUUUAUUUUUUAUUUAUCCAGGACGGGCUCAUUGGCCAAGAUAGGCAGCACCAAGUCAUUACACAAUUACAGACAGACAACAAGUAAUCUAGUAAAAACCAUAGAAAUCACAGGAGUAUAACGAAAUCAUAAAACAGCAAAUGAAAAAUAUUGACAGGUCAAGGAAUCAGCCUCAAAAUCCUUCAUCAAUGAUAAAAACAGCAAUCGGGACAAGUUCUUCCAGUUUAAAACUGUUUUGUAAGGCGUUGCAAGCCGAUGGCGCAGAGUACAUAAAAGCCCCUUUACCAACUUCAGUUCGAACAUUUGGAACAGUUAGCAGGAUAAAGUCCUGCGAACGAAGAGAGUACACACCACAUUUCUGAAGAAUAAAAAUGCCCAACUAAAAUGGUAGUAAACCCAAAAUGGCUUUGUAAAUAAAAAAAAUAUACCAGUGACUGAGCCUACGAGUGACUAGAGAAGGCCAGCCAACCCUUGUAUAUAAAGUGCAGUGGUGCGUAAGGGUUUUGCAGUUUUAAAAUAAAUCUCAACGCUCCAUGGUAAAGGGUGUCAAUUGAUCUCAAACACUGAGCGGAGCAUUCAUAUAUAAAAUAUCACCAUAGUUUAGUAUAGGCAUAAAUGUAGCUGAUAGUCUCCUCCUGGCUUCAAAAGAAAAACAGGCCUUAUUCCUGAAAUAAAUCUGCAACUUCAGCUUCAAUUAUUUUGUAAGUUGUUGAAUAUGCAAUUUAAAAGAGAGGCCUUCAUCAAUUAAAAUUCCAAGAAAUGUAUAUGAGGUUACAGCCUCAAACUCAUUGCCCUGACAGGUAGUAAUAGGUGAAAGUUUCAGAGGUCUAUUUCUUGCUUUAGAAAACACCAUUAGUUGAGUUUUGUCAGCAUUGAGGAUACGCUUCAAUUGACACAAGGUAUGUUCAACAGUAUAAAAAGAAGUUUGCAAGUUCUGGAAAGCUUUUAUGAGAGAGAGGGCACAACAAUAAAUAGCAGUAUCAUCAGCAUAAAAGUGAACAUAAUAUUCAGUGCUGUCUAAUUGGGAGUAUAAUUAUGUUUUCUGUUCUCAAAUACAGAGAGCUGUGAAAGCCUGUCUGCAGAUGAUGAGGAGUGGUUCUCAGUCCUGGUCCUGGGGACUCAAAGGGGUGUACAUUUUUGUUUUUGUCUUAGCACUACACAGCUGAUUCAAAUGAUCAUCUCAUCAUCAAGCUUCAAACGGUAUUUAUGCAUGCAUUUCUGAUGCCAUCUUUGAUAUGAACCUGCUGUUGUCACAUGCUACACAAGCACGUGUGCACAUGCAUCUAUCAAUCCAAUGUUAUCAUGAUUUGUUAUAAGAGAUAUUAUACUUUAGUAAUCCACAAUGACCUGGUGAUGUAAAAGUCUAAUAAUGACAUUCUUCCAUAUUCUUACAGAUACCUUGUAACUGGAGAUUCCUUCAAAACGAUUGCCUACAGUUACCGUGUAGGGCACUGCAAGGUUGGGUGACCAGGGCCACCUGGGACUGCCUCGUGGGGGAAUUCAGGCGUGUGUGAAGGCUACCUGUAUCCUGCAUAACUUCAUGAGGAUGGACACGAGGACCAGGAGGGGACCUGCAGCUUGCCGCCGUGUGCCAGAGGAGAGGUCUGCUGCUCUGCAGGAUGUUGCAAGGAUGGGGGCCAGCAAUGCAGCACAGGAGGCAAUCCGUGUGGGGAGGCCUUCACCUCCUACUUCUUCGGAGAGGGUGCUGUUCCCUGGCAACACCAUAUACUACACUAUGCACAACCAAAGGCUCUUUUAAGAGCCACCCACAUUGCAAUAAGAGUAUUCUUCCAUUUACUUAGCUAUGUCAACUGCAGUUAUUCAAUUCCCAGUUUCUCUCCCUUUUAUGUAUACUUCUCAGGUGAGGGUGCUGUUCAGGUAAGGGUGAUGUCUGUACAUUAACAAAACAGGCUCUUUUAAGAGUCACCCAUAUUGAAAAAAUGUAGAACAAUAAGACACCCUACAACCCACACCUACACACUCUUGUAUCCAUUUGAUUGAUGGAUUGUGUUGUGCAGUAAGCAGGCUCAGGUGUAUAACUGUGGCUCCUUCCAACUUCAAAGAAUAGGCAAGAGGACCAACCAUGGAGAAUAGUAGGAUACUCCAUUAUUUAUAUUUAAGUAACUACGCUAUAUUGUUUGUCCUCGUGUGCCUGUGCAUGUUUUUCAGUAUAAAGUACUCUGCAGCCACACACACAGAUUCCUGUUGACACUGUCUCAUUAACUACCUUAUUUUCUCAAUAACAAUUUCCCCCCUUCUCCCUAAAUCCUCUAGGUUAUAUCAGCUGUGUCGGUGAACCCCUCCCGCUUCUGAACUGCCUAACACAGCAUGAUCAGAGGUGAGAGGUCACUUGGUCGGGUCAACAGGAAGUAUUAUUAAAGAGAUGCUUUACAUUGAAAAUACAGAUUGAGAUGUAGUAGUCCCACAGUUAAUGAUCCAAGGUCAGUUUUGCAUUUCACCUCCUGAUGAUUAUGAUGACUGACAGUGUUAGAAUAAAAAAAACAGAAGGCUUAAUCAUGCUAUCUCUCUCCAUCUGUCUCACGCCUGCAGGUAUGUUUUGAUGUGAGAGAGGAUGCCAACCCCCAGUCCCGUCAUCGCCACCUCACCCACUCUAAGAUAACCCUCUGGCCAACUGGGGGCCCAAGAAUGGUUAGGAGACACUGUUAGAGACACUAUUAUGUAAUUGUGAUGACCUGAGAGAAUAUGAAGUUAAGUAGCACUGUAAUUCAUUUAUCAUAUGCUGCCUUCCCUGCUCCUCGGUUCUUACCUCUUUCCCUUUCUGUCUUUUAUACUCUUUCUCACACCUCUGUCCCCACCUCAUCUUUCUUCCUCUGUUUUUAUAAUGCACACCAGAUGUGCAUUGAAGUACAGAUUGAACUUGUAUUUAUAUUAUAGUAUUACAAUGAUAAUAUUUAUAAUGCAUGUAUUAUGUAUUUAUAACACUUGGAUAAUGAACUUCUUUCAAUAAAGCUUUUCACAUUAUCUACUGGAAUUGCUUCACAUUCUCUACUGGUUGAAAUGAAGUCUCUCAUUUGAUGAAAUACUACACCAAUUCUGUGGCCUCAGAUCAGUGCAGAUUAAGGAAAUUAGAUAUUGAGAUGAACCUGUUUUAGAGUAUUUACAUGAUGCAUAGGAAGUGUACUGUUUUUAAAAAUCCUUGUUCUGUACAUAUGAAUUACAAAUCAGCCUUUCACUAGUUAAAUCAUGUGUUCUAGUCUAUUGCAUAGUUACAAUGUGUAAUCAUUGAUGUCCCAGGACCAGGAUUGGUAAACACUGUUUUAGUGUAUAAUUGUAAUACAUACAUGCAGACACAGCAUCAUUCAAAGACUCAUAGCGGGGGGUCUGAGUGCUUAUGUAGAUGGAGUAUUUCUAUUUUUAAUUUUUGAUGCGUUUGUGGGGAUUUCUGGAGGCCUGUUUUCGCUUUGUUGUGUGUGGAUUGAUGAGGAAAGGGAUUAAUUUGAUCCAUUCUGGAGUGGGGCUGUAGGGUGGCGGGGUGGGGGGGUCUGGGUGCUUUCCGAAUGCACUGUAUAUAUUUAGCAAAAAAUAUAUGGGGCAUUGGAAAUUAUGCAGACAAUUAGAUUGAUGGAAGCCACAAUCUAUCUGCAAUAUUAAAGCUGAUCUACCACCCCACCCCCCACAAAAAAAAAAGUUGAUUGCAGGUAUUUACUUAAAAGGUAGUUACAAAUAUACUUACAUGUAUUGAAAAACUUUAAAUAAAUAGUUUCAACGGUAUUGGCGGUAUUGAAAAACCAUCCCGUGGCUAUUUCCAAAUACCCUGGUAUAUGGUAUACCGCCCAAGCCUAGUGGCCUCCAUUAUCUCCAAUUCUACAAACUUUCUCAGAGAAUCUAGGUGUGCUGCCUGUAGGUGGAUCUCCACUUUCCAUAGCCCAUUCCACUGUGGUUCAUAUACACACGCCUACAUGUUAUAUAGGAACUGGGCGCAGACAUGCCCAGGGGAGUGAAGGGACAAAUUCCCAUGAACCAGUUUGGCAGCUUGGUGUCCAAUCAACAUAAGCCUGGUGGCAGUCCAGGAAGUGUAAAUACCGGUAUCUGUCAGUAUUCCUCCUGUAGGGUUGUCUUUACACUACAUGACACAGUGUUUUUAUGUUAGCCUGACUGUCUGUCUGUCUGCCUGUCAGUCAGUCUGUUUGGUGCUAUUUAUAUGCCCCGUGCGUUGGGGGGUGGAGGUGGUGUACUAUGUCAGGCAGCCGUGGGAAUGUUCUGUAGUGGCACAGAAUGGAACUACCUGACCCAGGCUUAGAAUAGAGGAAUGGGACAUAAAUUGGAGCAGUGGAAUUAAAACAUCACUGGUUGUAGUUCUAGAUUUGUAGAACCCUGGUGCUAUGUUAAUUGGGUGCUCUGUUGAACAGUCAUCACCUGUGCUAUCGUCGCCUAGCAACAGGAGCAGUGCUGAAAGCCAGGUAGGGGCUUCGUUGGUUGGUUUGAUGGUGCCAACACCAAAGGAAUACAUUGGGAGUUUGGCAAUGAGGCCCUUUAUCUUCUUCCCCAGAGUCAGAUGAACUCAUGGAUACCAUUUUUAUGUCUAUGUUUGCAGUAUGAAGGAAGUUGGAGGUCGUUUCGCGAGCCAAUGCUAACUAACAUUAGCGCAAUGACUGGAAGUCUAUGGGUAUCUGCUAGCAUGCUACCACAAUGACUUGAAUUCCAGUCAUUGCAGCAGAUACCCAUAGUCUUCCAGUCAAUGCGCUAACGCUAGUUAGCAACUUACUUCUUACUUACUUCAAACUGCAUGGAGAGACAUAAAAAUGGUAUCCAUGAGUUCAUCUCACUCUGGGGAAGUAGAUAAAGGGCCUCAUUGCCAAAAUCCUAUACCCAUCAUGAGGUUGCUACAACCUAGCCUAUGAAUGAAAGUUUUCAACGUAGGUGCACGCAGCUCAAGAGAAAAAUUUGAGAUGACAGACAGUGACACAUUCAAUACUGCCUUGCACACUCUUGCCUGCAUCUAGCUUAUCUAGGGUGUAAUCAUUAGUCCAACAGUUGCAAACAAGAGCUUCUAUUGGACAAAUUCAGGUAUUUUUUUAUUCCCGGUGGCAGGCCCCGGUGGCAAUAAAUUAAUAAAACCAAAAGCUUACCUUGACUUGGAAGAGUUCCAGUGUUGUGUUGGAUAGUCAUAGCCAGCUAGCUAACAUAGCAUCCCUCUGUUUGAGCCGGGUGUUUGAGUAACUAAGCUAGCCAGCUGCAUUUGCUAGCUAAGUAAGUGGGGAAAAAAGACACUCUCUCUCUCUCUCUCUCUCUUGCUUCUCCUUCAUUUUUGAAGAAAUUAUUUUGUUGAAAACUGUGCAACUAUUGUCUUUCUCUCUCUUUGAGUCAACUACUCACCACAUGUUAUGCACUGCAGUGCUAGCUAGCUGUAGUUUAUGCUUUCAGUACUAGAUUCAUUCUCUGAUCCUUUGAUUGGGUGGACAACAUGUCAGUUCAUGCUGCAAGAGCUCUGAUAGGUUGGAGGACGUCCUCCGGAAGUUGUCAUAAUUACUGUGUAAGUCUAUGGAAGGGGGUGAGAACCAAGAGCCUCCUAGGUUUUGUAUUGAAGUCAAUGUACCAAGAGGAGGACUGAAGCUAGCUGUCCUCCGGCUACACCAUGGUGCUACCCUACAGAGUGCUGUUGAGGCUACUGUAGACCUUCAUUGCAAAACAGUUUGUUUUAAUCAAUUAUUUGGUGACGUGAAUAUAUUUAGGAUAGUUUCAUCUAAAAAUGAUAACUUUUUCAGUGUUAUACCAUUUUUAUUUUUAUGAAAUUCACUGAGGUGGAUUGUCCUCCCCUUCCUCCUCUAAGGAGCCUCCACUGGUGUACGCACAUUGCCAAAUGUGACAGUGUACUGCUACAUGACACAUAGCUGAAAUCUCACAAAUGGUUUCAUAUCCUUUGUGUGUAUGUGUGUCUGGGAGAGAGAGAAAGAGAGAGAAAGUGUUUGUGAAAAGGGGAAGGUAAAGAAGAGAGUCAGUCUCUACCUACUGGUCUCACUGACAUGUUUAUGGUGGUUGCUAAUGCCAUGUUCUGGCUUUUUCUCUCUCUCCCCUGCUGUGGCUUUUGCUUUCAUGACAUUUGAUUUUAGCAGUACUGCAGUGGUGUGUGUCUGUACAAACGCUGUUCUUUCUCUAUGCAAGAUUGUGUUUUCUUGAACUCAUUUAUUGAUGAUUGUGCAGAAAAACAGGUUUUUCUAACAAUAAUACCUAUAUUAAUUAGUUAUGCAUGGUAGGCAGCAAAUUAAUAGUGUCAUUGACUGUAUAGUGUUCAAUACAGAUCAAUAUUGGCGUAGGACUACAGUACUGAAAUGCUACUGUAUACCACAGCCCUUUAUUCUUCGUUAAUUAAUACAUAUUAGGCCGAGUACUAAUAUUAUGCAUCAGACAGACCGACCCGCACACCUUUCAAUAGGCUCUGCCAGCCUGGCCUGAUCACUCUGCAUUCUUAACCAUUAUCUCUCCUCCCUCUCCCCCCAGCCCAGUUAGGGCUCAGACAGUCGUCACCCCUAGCAACCAACCAACCAACCAAGCUUGCAGCUCGUCGCGCGAUCGAUCGUCUUUCCUCUGAUGACAUCACCGGCUCCUUAGCAGUCAGCUGCUGCAGUGGAGAGGGAGGGUGA